CCCGAACAUCCGCAAAGUCUCCGUCGAUUCUGGUUGCAGCGACUGAAAGCGAUCACGCAACUCGUUGCAAGCGCGACACUAUGGCCGCAGCGAGCACUCCGUCGAGCACAGUCGCACAUGCGCCUGACAGCAUCGGGCCCAAGGCACAGCCUCAUGAUGUCAACGAGCAAACGGCGAUUGACAUGAAGCGCUUUCGCGCACGAUGCACCUUCGACAUUGCCAAGAUGCACAACAUGAUCGAUGAAGGCUCGCGCGAUACGGAGAUGCGCCAGAAAGUACACGAUAUCAUCGCGAAUGAUGCGCUCAUAACCGAAGCUAAGCGAACCAGGCCAUUCCUGUCCCGUGCAGACCGACUGUACACAGGGCAAGCGCUCAUGAAGCGGUUGUUCGACCUUGUCGAUGAGCACGAUCUAGACUACAUGGAAUUUCUCGAAUGUCUCUUUCUGGUAGACGAGCAGACGUCAUACUAUCUGCAUCAUGUUGCCUUUUUGCCUGUCAUCAAUGCGCAAGGUUCAGACGAGCAGCAAGCCGAAUGGAUGGCAAAGGCUCAGAACCACGCUUGGCUCGGCUGCUACCUGCAGACAGAGCUUGGCCAUGGCAGUAACGUGCGCCGCUUGGAAACGACGGCGACAUUUUGCAAAGACACAGAUGAAUUUGAGAUACAUUCACCCAGUCUUACAGCGACAAAGUGGUGGAUUGGCGGGCUUGGCGUUGUCAGCACACACGGCGUCGUACAGGCACAGCUCAUCAUCGACGGCACGAAUCACGGCCCUCACCUUUUCUUGGUACAAUUGCGCGACAUCCAGAACCACAAGCUCUUGCCCGGUAUCAUUGCUGGCGAGAUCGGACCUAAAGCGCAUGGCGGAUUUGCUGCACUCGAUAAUGGCUAUGCACGCUUCAAUCACGUCCGCAUCCCGCGCUUCAACAUGCUUGCACGCUUCUCGCAGGUCACCAGAGAAGGCAACUUCAUCAAACCGCCGAGCGACAAGCUAUCCUUCGGCGGCAUGGUCUUUAUCAGAGCCCAGAUGAUCUCAGCAGUCUCGAUGUCACUCACAAAAGCCACAACCAUUGCCACGCGCUAUCUGCACGUUCGCCGUCAGUUUGCAGACCCGGAAGCAAAAGGUGAACGCGCAGAAGAGGAGCUCAAUGUCAUUUUCUACCCGUCGGUCUACAUGCGUUUGCUGCCGCUCAUCGCAAAGUCAUACGUCUUUGGCGCGAUGGGCAAAGACAUGGCCGAGCUGUAUGGAACCAUGGCGAGCCAGCUUGCAAGUGGCAAUACCGAAAUGCUGGCAGAAGUCCAUGCAGUCUCGUCGGGACUGAAAUCCUAUGUGACAGCCGAAGUCGUCGAAGGUAUCGAGAUUGCUCGUCGAUCACUCGGCGGGCACGGCUUUAUGGAGUCUGCUGGUGUGGCACGCAUAUACAGCAAGGAACUGCCCUCAGUCACGUACGAGGGCGACAACUACGUCCUUGCACAACAGACCUGUCGCGGAGGCUUGAAGACUUACCGCGGCUUGCUCAAAGACGCCUCUAAGCGGAAGCUGCUCACCGCUUCGACCGACUAUCUUGCUCAUUUGGCCGACAAGAAACAGAUCAAGCUGCCUCAUUCGAUCGAAGAGUGGCGCAACUUGCAGGUCCAGACGGAUCUGCUAGACGCCCGCGCAGCAUUCCAUGUCAAAAGACUUGAGAUUCUCAUGCGAUCCAAAGCUGAAGGCGGUCAAGGAAAGACGAUGGGCCAAUUGAGUUGGCAAUGUCAGAUGAUCAGCAAAGCGAUCGUCGAGUCGUUCAUUGGCCGUCGUGUUGCUGCCGCUCUGGCUCCCGAAGGCUUGCUGGUCAACGGUCUCGAUGACGCCGGCGUCAAAGUGAUUAAGAAUCUGAUGAAUUUCUAUCUGCUCAACACUAUCGAUGGCGCCCUAUCCGAGCUACUCGAAUUUGGCGUCAUUCCUGCGCACUCGACAGAUAGCGGUGCCAUGCAAUCACCCAUCGAGACAUUACGACUUGCAAUCGCGAACGCUGCCCAGGAAGUCUUGCCCGAGACGAUCGGUCUGACGGAUGCCUUUGGCUUCAGCGACUGGGAUCUCAACUCUGCUCUGGGACGCUACGAUGGGCGAUGCUACGAAGACUUGUUGCACCGGGCAGAGUCGCAAGCAGAGCUCAAUCUUGGAGGCAAGAUCAAAGACAUCUUUGAAAAGUCGAUCAAGCCGGUCCUUGAGCGCGGCGACAGGCUUGCAAAGCUUUAGACACCUUGCACUUGUACCUUGCACUCACACAUGCCAGCCCUCUUUUGUGUUCUCCUCUACCUCUGCGGAUCGUGUUGGAAUGAUCGGCUCGCGGAUAUCAUAUGCUUUGAUGGCCAUCUUCCACAAAUUCAUAUCCCACUCGAGGACGUGUUGUAUCCGCGUAACACCGUCCGCACGAUCUUGAUCGGUUGCUUCUUCGCAUUGCA